GGCGGCGGACGAGGAGACAUGAACCGUGAAGGACGGUCCCGAUGAGCGAGCCGGCGGACGCUCCUCUGACCCCGCCGCCCGGCCCGGAUCAACUGUCCCGGGGGAAAAGCUUGACGUCCUCGGAGGGGAACAAUGAGGAGGAGAGGAGGCAGAGGAGGCGUGGACCGGCACCAGCAGACCUCCAGCUGCCGCCGCCGCCAGACUCCGAGUCAGAACCGUCAGAGGGCAGGAAGAAACCGGCCAGCGUCAGCAGGCAGAAAUCCGUGGAGCCGCCGUCGCCAAUGCUGAGCCCGAGCGACUUUGAAACCAAGUUCAACCGGAAGAAAUCCCAGACCAGCCAGUUGUCAAAGACGAACGCACAUUACCACAAGCUGUUCAAGGCGGUCAGCAAAGAUGAGCUGCUCAAACAGAGUUACACCUGCGCCCUGCAGAGAGACAUGUUGUAUCAGGGCAAAAUGUUCGUCUCGCAGAACUGGAUCUGCUUCCACUCCAAAGUCUUUGGCAAAGAUAUCAAGAUUUCCAUCCCAGUGAUGUCGGUGAAACUCAUCAAAAAAACAAAGACUGCGUUAUUAGUGCCAAACGCUCUUGUAAUUGGAACUACAGACAUCGAUCAUGUCUUUGUGUCAUUUCUCUCUCGAAACAACACCUUUAAAUUUCUGAAAUCCAUCUGCCCUCAUCUGGAGGUGGAUAAGAUAAGUAGCAGCCCUGUAGCUUCCUCCUGUGAAAACAGCUUCAGAGCUAGCUGCCCCACGUCGCUUCCUCUGGACUUUUCGGGAGACUUCUGCGACCUGGAUGGAGUUGUGCACCAGAGGCGGCAGGACAUGAUGGAGAGCAGCAGCUCUGGGUCGCAGACUCCAGAUUAUGAUAAAAUAAGCGACUUCAGCAGCCUCCCAGACACAUUUCUGAGUGCAGCAAAGACCAGAGAGGUUUCGGUCCACGCAGACAUUCACCUCCAGAACCCGAGCCAAAAGCAUGGAGCCGCACUAAAAAAUGGCCAAAGCAAGCCGCCACAUGGACUUGCACCAAAAGACUCGUCCUCGCAGCCAAAGUCUUUACACGUCAUCCUCUUCAUCUAUCUGUUCUUAGUCAGCGUUCUUGUCUUGUCCUCUUGUUACAUGGCCUUCAAGAUCGUGGCUCUUGAGCACCGCCUCAACUCCUUGCUGUCGAUGGGGGAACUCGUUGAUAACGAAAAUGCUGGGGGCCAGAGGUCGCAGGUCGAAGUGAACGCUGAGAUCUACGGGGAGCUUUCCACUAACCUGUUCAAGUUGGAGAAGAUUCAGAGGAACCUCAGGAAGCUUCUGGAGGAGACUUAAAGGAAGACCUGCGUAUGUGUUUCUGUCCAGACGGAGGCCUGGCUGGUAAAUUAGAGAGGCGGCGGGUUCCUGUGCGGCACAUUUGGUGGCUCCGUUGCCAAAGCCUGGACAGCUCACACGCCGAGAGCUCAGUCUUAAAAAGCUGCGUGAACGUUCGCUGUGCAAUAAUAGCCUCUCUCUGCGUUUCCCUCAGGACUUUUCUGUCUCCCGUUUCAAAACAAAGCAGUGCUGCAGCUUUACGGCAGCAUAUUUCGUGUGCUGUAUUUUAGCUGGCAGUUUCAUGGCAAUGGUAGGUUGUUUUUUUUUUGUUUUUAACACACUCACACGUAAAUAUCUAUGUAUAUCAGAAUGACCAUGAAGGUUAGGUUCAUAAGUGCAAUUGUCAGUGUUCUGAAACAUUUCUUAAAAGGUCAAAGGUCAAAUAGUGCUCUCUUUCGCUUAGAGGUGAAAUGCCAAUAGACUCUCAGCUGAAGAUGUUUGCACAAUAUAGGAAAGUACUUUCUUAUGGUGAAAAAAAAGUCCAUAGUGCUUUUGUAAAUAUUUGCUCUAACUCACAUGAGUGGUAUGUUUUGAAAAAAAAAUUUUAAUAAUGAGAUUAUAUUAGGUCUAUUUAUCACAGAUGUUUCGCUAGAAGACUUGAUUAAAUUUGAGAAUCAGAUGCUUUGAUUUUGUAAUCGGAUAAAUUAUGUUCACGAGAAUAAACUUUCUUCCUCAGA